AUGCACUUGGAAUGUGAGGACACACAGGCGCUGGUAGCCAACGCGGAACGGCAAUGUCCGUGUCAGUCGGGUGCACUUCAAGCAAGUUUUCGAGACGAACCAGCCGAGAACUUGUUGCAAGCUGCAGAGAUGUCGUGUUGUCAUCGAGUGAUGACAAAACCGAAGCCAACGAAUAUUUUCGAUGAAAGCAAAAUGCAACUGCAGUUGGGACCUCGUCCUCCGCGUGCAGCCGAUGCCGACUCAUCCUCACCGUCUUCAACAACAAUUUCGUCGUUCCUCAAUUAUCACCCUUCGAAAGCAAUCAAUUCAACAUGUAAAUCGUCAUUUACCAUUCGCAGUAAUGAUGUUCAUCAUUUGUGA